AUGCCACGCUACACCUCCAGCAGCCAGCAGAGGGCAGUAGCAGUGUACAGUGAGCGCUGCCAUUCAGGAAAACUCAGUUAUCCAGAAUUCUCCAGGCUGAUUAACCUGGAUUUCCUGCACCUGCAAGUGCUGAUUUCACUUAUACCAGUGGCCCAUGCUCAAGGGAGGCCUAAAGCUGUGGUGUUCAUAACGCCUGAUACACAUGUGUUCAUUGGAGAGACAGUUACUCUCAGAUGUGACGUACAGGGAGGAAGAAACACUCAGUGGACAUACAACUGGUAUAAAAAUAAUAACAGACUCACAGACCGCAGAACGCAGGAGUUCAGAAUCCGGUCUGUUCUACAGAUUCAGCAUGGUAACUUCACCUGCAGAGGACAGAGGAGUGACUCUCAGAGCUCAGAGAUCAGUGAUGCUGUUACACUGACUGUAUCAGAAAAACCCACACCGACUGUGAGAGUGAAUCCUCAGAGCUCCGUCUACACUGGAGACACCAUCACUCUGACCUGUGAGCUGCAGUCGACUGGAUGGGAGAUUCAAUGGUAUAAAAAUAAUCAGCAGUUACAGCCUUUGACCACUGAACAAACAUACACACUCAAAGUGACAGACGAUAAUGAUGGAAAAACAGAGUACAACUGUCGUGCACGCAGGUUAAACUACAACUACAACUACAACAACUACUACUACUACACACAGCGCAGUGAUCCUGUCAGGAUUACAGUGAGAGAAAAACCCACACCGACUGUGAGAGUGAGUCCUCAGAGCUCCGUCUACACUGGAGACACCAUCACUCUGACCUGUGAGCUGCAGCAUUCAACUGGAUGGGAGAUUCAAUGGUAUAAAAAUAAUCAGCAGUUACAGCCUCUGAACAGUGAAGAAGCAAACACACUUAAAAUGACAGUCGAUAAUGCAGGAGAAACAGAGUACAAGUGUCGCGCAUGCAGUAGAUACUACUACCGCUACUACUGCACAGAGAUCAGUGAUCCUGUCAAGAUUACAGUGAGAGGUAAGUCAUGAUUUUUUUCCCUUUUCAGCACAGAUUUGUUAGAAGGUGUAAGAAAAUACAUUGCUUAAUUAUUGUAAUUCCUUGUUAUUUUAGAAUGUUCAAAUGAUCUUUAAAUACAAAUGUUUUAAAAGUAUUUGUCAUUUGUGGCUGGUGAGAUCCAAUGCAAAAAACUAAGAAAAAUAAAGAGGUAAAGCUAUAACUGUAAGAUUUCCAUCAUGGGAAAGUCUUCAGGACAGAGGAGUUUAUGAUUUGCAGUUUUCCUGUAGCAUGACAAGCUGCAUUUUUACAUCAC